AGGACUGGGUGGCAAGGCUGCGGUACGUUGUCUUCGACGAGGUGCACUGCAUCGGCGAGCAAGAGGGCGGGGUGCAGUGGGAGCACUGCAUGCAGCUGAUCCCGUGCCCCUUCAUCGCGCUGAGCGCUACGGUGGCGGACCCCAGCGUGUUCCACAACUGGCUGGGCCGGGUCAACGAAAAGAAGGAGCUCGCCAAGGUGUCCAUAAUAGAACACCGGGAGCGGUGGAACGAUCUCUACAAGUACGUUUGGCACAAGGGGGAGCUGAGGCCGCUACACCCGUUUUGCUGCCUUGUGGAGAGCUCGGUGCGCCGGAACGGCAUGUCCUCGGACUUGACGCUGGUGCCACGGGAGAUGGUGCAGCUCUACCAGGAGGUGAAGAAGAUCAUUGGGCCCAACAAGCUUUGGGACAGGCUGUCGCCCAAGGAAUUCUUUGCCGGUAUGUCGUUUGUCACCAAGAUCGACUCCCGAAAUUACGAGAAGCAGCUGAAGGAAAGUUUCCUGGAGCUGCUCAAGAGCAACACCUUGCAAACGGAGGGCUUCUCUCAGCUCACUCUGUCGCUGCAGCAGUUCCCAGAUUUGGAUCUGAGCUUCUCUCCGCCCCCGCGAGUCGAGGCCGAGGCCAGCGAUUUGCGGAACUUGACCAAGGAGACCUCCUACUUGCAGGCGGCGACGCUCUUCAACCUCUGCAAAGACCUGGACAAGAAAGACAUCAUGCCGGCCAUCGUGUUCAACUUCUCAAGGAAGGAAAUUGAGCGCAUGCUCAAGAAGCUGGUGGAGGAGUUGGAAAAGCGGCAGGAAACGAAGUACAUGGGCAGUGAAGACGCCAGAUAUGAAACCAAGAGGAUAAAUGAAAGGAGAAAAGCUCAGUAUGAGGAGAAGAAGAAGCAGUACCAGCAGGCGCAGAAGAUGAAAGCCAGCUCAAAGCAAGAGGCGAAAGCAGCCAGAAACGAUGAGGACAACGAAGGCCGCGGCGCCGCCAAGGCGGAGGCGGUUGACAUCACCCAGGACAUGAUGAUGGCGGAGCCGAAGGAGCCAAAGGACAUUCAGGAUGAGAUUGAUCCUGAGUUCUCCUUCCACUCGGCGAAAGCCCUCGGAGUGUGGCAAGAGGAUAUCGAGGAUCAGAUCGAAGAUGCCCGAAAGAAAGGAAGAGCUGAAGCCUGGAUGAUCGAGGGACUCAGGAGAGGAAUCGGAAUGCAUCACGAAGGUUUGAAGAAACCUUACAAGGAUGCCGUGGAGAUCCUCUUCCGCAGAGGGUACCUCCGGGUGGUCUUUGCCACUGGCACCUUGGCGCUUGGAAUCAACAUGCCGUGUCGCUCUACAAUCUUCUGUGGAGACUCGCUGGAGCUUACUGGCCUCAUGUACAGACAGAUGAGUGGCCGGGCUGGAAGGCGCGGCUUCGACCUGCUGGGCCAAGUGAUCUUCCUGGAUAAGCCCUUCGUCAAGAUUCAGCGGCUCAUCACCUCCGACCUGUCCAGUUUGGCCGGCGAGUUCACGUUGUCCCCCACCAUCCUCCUCCGCGCCUUGAACGAGUGGGAGACGGUGCAGGCCCUCGAGGAGGAUAGCGCGCUGGGGCGGCCGAGCAAGGACAUCGCGCGGUGCUUGGCGCCAGUGUUUGCGCUGCCCUUCUUCCAGAGCAAAACCGCGGAGCUGGACACGCAGGUGGCCUACCACACGCGCUUCACGAUGGAGUUCCUCUACAAGGAAGGGCUCAUCGAAAGAGACGGCACCACCAGGAACCUGGCGAACCUGUGUACGCACCUCUUCGAGGCCGAGCCCGCCAACCUGAUCUUUUGCAGGCUUCUUAGCACCGGGCUGCUGCACGACUACCUCGCCCAGGAGGCGAAGAAGGUGCAGAAGGGGGACAGGAGGACUCACCUCACGGUGAAGCUCGCGGCGUUGCUGGGCUGGAUCUUUUUCAGGAGAAGGCUGCCGCCUUCGGUGCCGAAGGAGCGGCUUCACCGCAAGAAGCAUCUGCCCUCCGAGGGCUGCCCCAAGCUGCCGCCCUUGACACCGCGAAUACGAAAGGAGAUCCAGCGCUACAACUUGCAGCUCUUCGAGAUCUUCCAGCAGUUCGCCUACGCUGUGGCCGUGACCAGGAAGAUCGGGGAGACUGACGUCACGCUGCCGAAUAGCCAGAGGUCGUUCAGGCACAAGCUGGAUGAGCGAGGGCAGCCUUUUGACGCAAACGCCUCAUUCGGGCCCGAGCUUUUGGACCAACUGGUGAAGUACAAAGCUCGGUCGCCGUUUUCGGCGCUUGCGGGCGUGGGCGAUCAAUUCCGGUCGCCCAUCGACUUGUGCAAGAACUGCAGAAACGUGCUGCACCUCGACCUCAACGCCAUCCCCACGGUGGCCUGCCCUCCCCAAGGCGUGGGGGACGAGAGCGCUGACCUGGAGGAGACCAAUAGCUGGAUCCUGGACUUCAUGAUCCACGGGCAGAGGAAGUACCUCUGGGAGGACAACGGCAUCAACGCCACAAGGGCGUGGAAGAUGACGGAUGAGUUCGUGCAGACCCUGAAGAAGGCCGAGAAGGCCCUGAAGGCUUUUGCUGCUGACGGCGACAUCGUUCUGACCACCACUGCAGCCUUGGCAAAGGAGAUGGAGGCGUACCACAAGAAAGGAUGAGAAGGCUAUUUCGUCUCCGAAGCCUAGGUUUUGUGCUGGCCAAAAAGCACAUUGUAAGCCAGUUUUGGCUAGUUGCGUAGCCAGACACAUUGUCACGCCGUUUCAAAUUCACUGGACACCCUGUU